AUGCAGCAAGUUCAUAAUGAAAAGGGGAACCAAACCAUUGUCUCUGAAUUCCUUCUCCUGGGCCUGCCUAUCCAACCAGAGCUGAAAGCUCCUUGCUAUGUCCUCUUCCUGGCUAUGUACCUCACUACAGUCCUUGGAAACAUGCUCAUUAUCCUCUUGAUCCAUGUGGACUCCCACCUGCACACACCCAUGUAUCUAUUCCUCAGCAACCUCUCCUUCUCUGAUAUAUGCUUCUCUUCUGUGACCAUCCCCAAACUACUGGUAAACAUGCAGAGUGAGAAACCAGCUAUUCCCUAUCCUGGCUGCCUGGCUCAGAUGUAUUUCUUUCUUUUUUUUGCAGACCUAGAGAGCUUUCUGCUGGUGGCCAUGGCCUAUGACCGCUAUGUGGCCAUUUGCUACCCAUUGCACUACACUAUCAUUAUGAGUCCUAAACUAUGUAGCUUUCUUGUAGUGCUCUCCUGGGUCCUGACUACCUUCCAUGCCCUACUGCACACCCUUCUUAUGUCCCGAUUAUCUUUCUGUGCCAACAACAUUAUCCCCCACUUCUUCUGUGACAUGUCUGCCCUGCUGAAACUGGCCUGCUCAGACACCAGGCCAAACGAGUUGGUAAUCUUUGUCAUGGGAGGGUUGAUUCUUGUUGUGCCAUUCCUGCUAAUUAUCACAUCUUAUGCUCACAUCAUCUCUUCUAUCCUCAAGGUACCCUCCGUGAGGGGCAUCCGGAAAGCCUUCUCUACCUGUGGUUCUCACCUCUCAGUGGUUUCUCUCUUUUAUGGGACAGUCAUUGGCCUCUACUUAUGCCCUUCAACCAACAACUCCACAGUCAAGGAGACAGUCAUGUCAAUCAUGUACACUGUGGUAACUCCAAUGCUGAACCCCUUCAUCUAUAGCCUGAGGAAUCAAGACAUGAAAGGGGCCUUCAGGAAGCUCUUGGCAGGAAGAAAACUUCCCUUCCCCUGA